AAUUGGGGCAUCGGAUACGUGUGCGGGAUGGUUCCAAGAUGUUCCGCCGUACAAUUGUGGUGCUGCCCUUAUCCCUACGGGGAAGUUGACGGCCGGCCAGCCCAGCCCUUAUGGGAGAUUUCCCGGAACUCUGGCCGGAGUAUGAUUGUGUCAAGAACAAGUAGGAUCAUGUACUUAUCAACUCAUCACCCGAAAAAAAAAACACCUGGAUUAGUUUCGAACUUGACAUUACCAAACAACAUUGCCAGUUCUGCACGCAUGGCGAUCACCUGCUUCUUCGCUCACCAGCGGAAUAAACGCACGGAGUUGUUUUAAACUUUUAAUUAUGUUCAGAGGUGCUUAAUCUGGGCUAUUUGAAUAUUAAAAAACGACCGUGAUUUUCGUUUAGGUACGUAGUUGCAUACUUCCAUGGUCAACUCAAAUAAAUAUUGUUUAGUCAAUUAACUGUAAUAAAUAGAUAAUCGAUUUGUAUCAUCUCGUAAAUUAAACAUUGUUGAUUGGUUUAAUGUGCUUAUUUCUUAUUAGUAACACAUCGACUAUAAAUUUAAUCUACUGAAUAUUAUUUAGUUUAUAAUCACGAAGAUCUGUAAAUUGGGCGUGAGUAAGGAUGGUAGCAAAGUAGUAUUCCGGGUGCAAAUAUAGUCUUGUUUCAUGCAAGGACCCAAUUCUUGUGGACCCACCACCAGCACGGAUUCAUUCAGAUUCACAACCCAAACCUUUCUUCCUUCCUUUUCUUGUCCCACCUUCUAACUUCUUCUAAGCUCCGCCUACCACCCACCGAACCGUAAUUGCAAUUUUGCACCCAUUUUUAUUUUCAAUUAAUUCACAGCUUAACACAAGCAUCCAUGGAUUCCCUCUCAUCGGUAAAAGUGUCGCCCUCCGUAGUCACCAACCCUCUCUCUCCACGGCGCUGCCGGAUGCUUCUCUUUUCGUCUUCGCUCGGCAGCUUACACAAUCGAAGUCUCGGUCGAUUAUCCUCCUCCUCCUCCUCCUCCUCCUCUGUAUUCGGUGUACCGUGCCCUCCCUAUUCUAGAAGGAGGCUCGUGUGCUGGUCCGGCGGUGGCGGUGGCGGUGGAGCUGCGCAGGAGGAGGACGACGACGGAGAUGACGACGGAAGUGAGCAGGUGGAGAGAGCGCUUCACCUCGAUGGUAAUAUCCCCUCUUCCUCCGACGAGUUCGUGAAACGCGUGUCGUCUCGUGCUUACGACAUGCGCCACCACCUCCAGCAGACCUUCGAUUCCAGCAGCUACGAUGUAUUGGAGGCCAACCCUUGGAGAGGAAGUUCCAAGCCUGUGUAUGUAUUAACGCAAAGGGAAAACCAGUUGUGCACCAUGAAAACCCGAAGAAAUCGCAGUGAAGUUGAAACGGAGCUUGGGAAAUUGUUUUCGAAAGGAGGGAAAUGGAACCCAGCGAAACAGCCUAGGAACGAGACAAAGUUCCAGAUGCUUGUGGAGGAUAUUAGGGAUGGAGUGCUCGUUUUCGAGGAUGAGAACGAAGCUGUAAGGUACUGUGACUUGUUGCAAGGAGGAGGUAAAGGUUGUGAAGGUGUUGCAGAAAUAGAGGCCUCAUCGGUAUUCGACGUCUGCCAGCAAAUGCGAGCUUUUGCAGUUCUAUUCCGUCGCGGAAUAAGCCCUCCUCUGCCUCAAAGCCUGGAGCUCAACCUUCGGGCUCGAAAGCGCUCGCUUGAAGACGAACAAAACCCAUAAAGACUACUCGAUUCCUUCUUGAAACUGUAUAUUUGUAUAAGAAAUCAUUCUUCUAUACGGCUCCUAUACAUACCCUGGAUCUAUAAAGUGUAAUAUAUGUAUAUCCAUUGCCAUUUUUGGGGGUUUUCAACUCUCGCUGUCUCGAUAGCGUUUCACAUAUUGAAUUUUUGUAUGUGCCGGUUAUAUGUAACUUCAUGGACGGAGCCAAUGAAGGUUCACUGGGGUCAUAUGCCCUCACUCAACUAAUUUGUUUGUUUAGUUGCAGACUACUACAA